CUUAUUGGUUAUAUCAAUAGUUUUUGGAAGAACAACUCAUCCGUAGGAGCUUGCGAGAUAUAUAAGCUGCCAACAUUUCACCAACUUGUUGUGCAUCUCCCUUCGUACCUCAACGAGAAUUUAUUCCCUCUCAAUUUUAGCUUAAAGGGUUUUUAUUUUUAUCAAAUUUAGUCAUCAUCAUCAUCAUCAUCAUCUCCCCCCUCUUUCUCUCUCUCUCUCUCUCUCUCUGAGCUUCAACAUGACUGUCAGGCAAAACUGUGGAGUCUCAAAGAUUCAAACGGGAGGAGUGUGUUCAUAAGGUUCAGGUUAUGGCUUGGAACUAGUGUAGGAUUGGAUUUAUGGCCUUCUUCUCAGCAAAUUUCAUGCUUCAAGCCCCCCACGAUCAAGAUCACGAACACCCUCAUCGCCAUCAUCAGCACCAGAUCCUAUCCUCUUGCACACCUCAAGACUACCAUGGUGUUGCCUCCCUGCUGGGCAAGAGAUCCGUGUCCUUCACAGGCAUUGACGUGAGCGACGACCCCAACAACAACAACAGCAACGUCAAUGGAGAGGAAGAUCUGUCGGAAGAUGAUGGGUCGCAGCCCGGGGGAGAGAAGAAGAGGAGGCUCAACAUGGAGCAGGUGAAGACGUUGGAGAAGAACUUCGAGCUCGGCAACAAGCUUGAGCCUGAGAGGAAAAUGCAGCUCGCCAGAGCACUCGGCCUCCAACCCAGGCAGAUCGCCAUUUGGUUCCAGAACAGGAGGGCGAGGUGGAAGACGAAGCAGCUGGAGAAGGACUAUGAUGUGCUCAAGAGACAGUUCGAUGCUGUGAAGGCUGACAACGAAGCCCUCCAAGCUCAGAACCAGAAGCUUCAAGCCGAGAUACUGGCACUCAAGAGUACCAGAGAACCAGCCGAAUCCAUCAACCUCAACAAAGAAACCGACCAGGGCUCCUGCAGCAACCGGAGCGAGAACAGCUCCGAGAUCAAGCUCGACAUCACGAGGACGCCGCCUGUCGAGAGCCCGGUCUCAGGCCACGCUCCUCCGGCAGCAGGCCGCCAGCUGUUCCCCUCCUCGAUAAGGCCUGCCGCCUCCGGGGGACUGGCGGUGGCACAGCUGUUCCAAAAUCCCUCGAGGCCCGAUCACCCCAUGAUAGUCAAGGAAGAGAGCAGCAUCACCAACAUGUUCUGCAGCAUGGACGACCACUCCGGGUUCUGGCCAUGGCUGGAGUAGCAGCAUUACUGAAAAGAAACCAAGGAGCGAAAUCGAAUUCUCCAUCCCUAGUCGGAGCCAAGUUAUGGGAAGUACAUUACGUAUUACCCUCCACGAGAUAUAACUCAUAAGAAGGAAGGGAAGAGGAAAAUCCCCAUUUUUUUCUUGCUUAAAUUUUGGUGUAUAAAAAUAGCAACGCAUAUGAUAAAAUUUGGGAAUUUCGAGGACAAUCGUUUAAGAU